CUCCAAAACAGCACAGAAACUUGCGAUGCUACAACGAAUGAGUGUUUACACGGUUGCAAAUUAGGUUACGCCGGACCAACUUGUUCAUAUGAUUGUCCAUUGAACUGUAGGUUCUCAAGCAGCCCGAAAGGCGACUCGUGCAACACCAGUACUGGAGAAUGUUUACUCGGAUGUCAGUAUGGUUAUGCCGGACCAAACUGCACCGUUGAAUGUCCAGGUAACUGUGGAAAAGCCGAGGAGUUAAACACACAAACUUGUAAUGAAACUUCAAGACAGUGCUUAUAUGGUUGUUUGCAAGGUUAUGGAGGUCCAAACUGUUCUUUUGAAUGUUCCAUGACGUGUACCAAAUCUCCUACUAACAACACUGAAACAUGUGAUAUAACAGGCGAAUGCUUAUACGGUUGCAUGUCGGGAUAUGCUGGUCCAAACUGCUCUUUUAAAUGCCCCAUUAAUUGUUCGCACCCACUUCAAAUCAAUACCGAGAUGUGUAAUUACACGACCGGAGAAUGUUUACAUGAUUGUUCCCCAGGUAGUGCAGGUCCUAAUUGCUCUUUUAAAUGCCCCACAAACUGUUUGCUCCCGGUAACAGAUGGAAAAGAAACCUGCAACUUUACAAGCGAAGAAUGCUUGCUUGGUUGUCUGAAAGGUUUUGCUGGACCAGACUGUUCAUAUGAAUGCCCCGCAAACUGCACGACAGUUAAUGGGACAGAAACCUGCAACUAUACAAAUGGAGAAUGUCUUCUUGGCUGUAAGGACGGUUAUGCUGGAACCAAUUGUUCUUUUGAAUGUCCUUCAAAUUGUAUGUAUCCAUCCAAACACGAGACGGGAACCUGUAACUAUACGACAGGCGAAUGUUUGCAUGGCUGCAAGGAUCGGUUUGCUGGACCAGAUUGCUCUUUUGAAUGUCCUACAAACUGCAAUUCUCCGUCCGAGAACGUGACUGGAACUUGUGAAGAAACAACAGGAGAAUGUUUGCAUGGCUGCAAGGCAGGGUUUGCUGGAACAAACUGCUCCGUUGAAUGUCCACAGAACUGUGCCCAUUCCGAAGACAGAGGAAAUGAAAUAUGUAACGCAACGUCUGAGGAUUGUAUCUAUGGAUGUAAAGAUGGAUUUAUUGGUCGCAACUGCACAGAAAAGUGUUCUGAUAAAGUUCCAUAUUGCAUGCGAUGCACUGCAAAGGAUGAUAACAGUGGAUUUGUAUGCAACGAAUGCAAAAGAAACUUCUACCGAGAUAACGGUAAAUGCCUGCAAUGUAACUACUAUUGUAUUAGCAACGCAACUGAUCCUCUACCAGCAUGCAGGGAACGUGAUGGAUAUUGUAACUUCGGUUGUCGCUCAAAUCGCUAUGGUUUUAAAUGUGGCAUUAGAUGUAGCAGCACUUGCAAAGAUAUUUGUCAAAGAGAAACCG